GUGCAAUAGAAGUGAAAAUAGUUGGUUGAAAUCAACCUAACAACAAGAGCGAAAUUCAAACUUCAAGAAAGUUCAAUGGCAGCCGAAAGUUACAUAUUUGCCACCACCGAUUGUCGUUUCCGCUCGCCGACUGCGGCCAUCACCUUCCGUGGUUGCACCGAAAUUGUGUAACGCCGGGCGUAUAAGUUAUUCGAUUACAGCUCAUCCUGCGCGAAAUACGGUGCGCCAAAAACGGAAAACGCGAGCCAAAACCAACCCGAACCAUGAGUUGGUUACGAUCGAGUCCGUUGCGCCAAAGCUAUACCAAAUCCGCUGGUGGUGCGGGCGGCGGCGGCAACGGAACACGGUCCGGGGCCGGCGGUGGGCUGUCCAUGAUCCGGCCGUUCGAUGCGACCGAAUGUGACCCGAAAGCGUGCUACGACAGUUUUUGCAUCCACUGGCAGCAAGCGUACGAAAUCAUUCUGCGAUCGGAGAACUAUCGGAGCCAAUCGCACGACGAUGUGCUCGGCGUUGUCACGCAUCUUGACCACAUGGUGACGCUGCUGCUUGUGGAGCUGCACCAUUGCAACAAGCUGAGUCUGCCCGGCCAACCGGCACCCCCGGCACCCUGCUUGGAGCAUCUGCUGAGCGAAAACCUGCUCGACAAACUCUACGAGUGGGGCAUCAAAACGGGACGGUAUGCCAAUGCCGUCCGGUUGGAGCAGUUGAAGCUGUACGAGCAACUGGUGAGCCACUCGCGCCACCAGCUACUGGUGCACGAGCCGUUCCUGAGGCCGCUGCUGAAGUUGCUGGCCUCGAGCCAGAACGAAAUCUAUCCGCCGGAUGUCGAGAAACGGUUGGUGAUCCUGCUGAACCAACUGUGCGUGGUGCUGAUGCAGAACGUCCAUCUGCUCGAUCUGUUCUUCUUCACCACCACGCAAACCCAGCAGAGCAGCGGCCAGCAUCUCACCAACGGUGGUCACACCAAUUUCAUCAUCUUCUCGCUGCUGAUACCGUACGUGCACCGGGAGGGGUCGCUGGGUCAUCAGGCGCGCGAUGCACUGCUCCUCUGCAUGGCCCUGUCGCAGAAGAACUCGAAUGUGGGCACCUACAUCGCGACCUACUCGUCCAUCUGCCCGGUGCUGGUGACCGGGCUCGGUGGCCUCUACUCGCGGCUCCCGAAUCAGAUCGACAUCCGAACGGCCGACUGGUACCGCAUCACGACCGACGACGUGACGGAGCUGCCGGAGCUGACGCUGUUCAUGAAUUCGCUCGAAUUCUGCAACGCGGUCGUGCAGGUCGCGCACUCGAUGAUUCGCCAGCAGCUGCUCGACUUCCUCUACCAGGGCUUCCUGGUGCCGGUCCUGGGGCCGGCGAUACUGCAGACACUUAAAGGGCAAAGUCAAUUCCAGACGAACGUCGAAUCGCAGGUGUCGGCCAUGGCCUAUUUCGAUCUGAUCGUGCGCUCGAUCAGCGAACCGGGGCUGAUACAGAUCGUGAUCCGCUUUCUGCUCGACGAGGACAAGUUCGACGGCCAGCGGAUACUGGACGUGCUGGUGGAACGUCUAAACAGCAAUGACCCGCGGCUUUGCAUGGUCACGCUGUCGCUGUUCGACAGUUUGCUGAGCCUGAACUGCGAGGACAUUAUGCUGGAGCUGAUGCUCAAGUACUUGUUGCAGUGCAAGCACGUACCGAUAUCGCACCGGUUCAAAAUCAACCGCGCCGAUCCGUACACGCAGGCCGUCGAGUACUUCCUCAACAUCACGCCCGACAUCAUGCGGAAGGUGAACAGUGUGCUGAGUAUUAACAACAACAACAACAGCCACAGCGGAGGCGGCAGCGGCACCACCAACACCAACAGCGGCGCUCCCCACGGACUGCUGCCGUUAGGUAAUCGUGCCAGUGGUAUCAACAGCAACAUGAACGUCAGCAAGACGGUCGGUGCCAACUGGAACCAUUACGGGGUGAAUACGGGGGAGACGUUGCUGGCCAACUACCAAGCGUACCUGCUCGAUGCACGCAACCGCAUCGUCCACUGCAAGCAGGCCUGCGACCAGUGGAACAACGUUUACCGUUACCAGAAGCUAAGCAAAGUGUCGCUUCUGUCGGCGUCGCAAGGGCCGGCCACCGCCACUAGCAGCAGCAACGGGAGCAACAGCAACGGCCCCAGCAGUCUCACCCACCCGGACGAUGGUGGACUGCGGACACUGAAGGUGCAGCUGAUAAAGGCGUUCCUGCAAGAGUUUAACUCGGCAUCGGCUGUGCCGAGCGAUCACGAGCAGCCGAGCGGCGCAAGUGCAAUAAUGUUCGGAGAGGGCGGAUCGUCUGUCGCCACCAGCAGCAGCGGCGGGAAGCAACUGGACAGCCUACAGUCCAUCGGCGAGAGCAGUGGGUACGAAAGUUUGAACAUUUUUUCACAACCGACCGGCAACGAUCAACAGCAACAGCAGCAGGUGGCGGCGCUAGUGGACGCUCAGCAGCAGCAGCAACCCCCGAAGCGACUGGAUUCGUGGAAGAUUUCCAACGUUCCGGAAGAGACGAUCGGUGAUUUGGAUUUGUCCGAGGAUCUGUUUGCCCAGGGAACAGUUAGUUUAGGUCCCUUUCUCACGGCAAUCUGGGGCAAACUGCAAACGUUCACCAGCAACUGCCUGUACGUGAACCUGCAUCUGACCGGUCUCAUCAGUCACCUGACGCUGUACCCACUACCGUUGCUUCACUCGAUUCUACUGCGGCCCGAUAUCCCCACGACGUCCGACACGCCGUCCUUUCACCAGGUGUUGAAAAUUUUAAAGCAACAAAUCGACGCCGAACUACCAGACACGGACGAGUCGCUCGAGAUCGUCGACGUAGCGCGUUCGUAUCUGGUCGACCGCGAGUUCCGGCUAGUCAAUAUGCGCAAAAACGCGAUCGAAUCAUCGGUCACCGGUGGUGGCGGCGGUGGCGUCGGUGGUGGGCUCGCUGGAAUACAGCUACUGAACGGUGGCGGUUCCACGAUGACCUCCAGCCUGUCGCAGACGACACCGAUGCAGCUAACGCCCAGCUCGUCGUACGAUCCGUUCAAGCGGCAGGACAGCAAGCGGAAAAGCAUUUCCAAUUCAUUCUCCAACAUCUUUCGGCGACCCGGAUCCGUGGCUUCAUCGGGUAUAGCACAAAUAGUUGAAUUUUUUACCGGAUCGAACAGCAGUAGCAAUGGACUGAACCAAUCGCCAAAUGGAAGAUCACACUCUGGGCCAACGGGACCAAUGGCGGUCACAAACCAGCAGCCGCCGAUUUUGGGAACCAACUCCAGCACCAGUGUCCAUCACCAUCAUCCAGUGACGAGUGGUGGUUUACUAGGCGGUACUAGCAACAAUCGACGAGAAUUGCGCGAAGCGGAAACCCAAUUUAUGUCGAUCGAUACGAUGUCACCGGCAAACAGCAGAGUGUCCUCGGUGGCGGUCGAGUCAGGCAGCGAAAGUGCCACCCGGCAGCCUAGUGCCAGUGGCCACGAGCACGGGCUGGCGAACUACAGUGUAGGCAGCGAACGGCAGCUCAACCUAGCGAUCGGUGCUGUCCUGCUGGACGAGUGGCUACGCGAGCUGUCGGCCAUCACGCAGGAACAGUGCAUUAUGAUGCUCUCGGAACAGGUGCAACAACAAACGCCACGGGCGACCAGUUGAGAUCGCGGCAACCAACCAGAGCUACCCUAUUGAUCAAUUAUUAGGUUAAAAUUAAUGUGUUGUUCUCUAACGACGAAAACCUUGUGAUUUAUUUGCGUAACGGCAAAGUGUAGCAAAAUGAGCUCCGUUCAAACCUGUCUCUCCGCGUCCCUCGGUUUAUUUAAUGCCGCCCGCUGUGAAUACCCGUGUUCCAAACGAUAAGACGAACCAACGAAACGUGUGCAGUGACCCUUUUUACCCCUUGUUUUGUUUGUAACACACCCGAUGCGCUUGCUUCGCCGUGAAAGGCCGAGCACAAAUAGUAGUUUAUUUUAUUAUUCUGCCUCACCGGGAGACGAUUGUCCAAUAGUAGGGAAUGUCGCGUUUUAUGGAGAUCCCGUUAAGAUGAAUGCUAACGAUGCUGUGCGGUUGACGAAGAAGAAAACCAAACCUUUAACUAAGCGCUUGUGUAUUGUAAAUGCCGCUAUCAAGCGAAGCGAUUUGUAAUGAACAAAACAAUGGCCAAACUAACACAAAUGCAAUUUCGUAAUCGAUCCGAUCACGGAAUUAACGCUUUUUACUAUUAGUGCUCGUACUGCGGGAAGCAGUUACGGCAGUCGAUCGUGGAGAGAGUGAAAUGUGCGUAGCGUACGCGGCAAUAUUAGUGAAUUGGAGAGUAAACUUUAUUAACAUGAGACACCAGGAAAACCAUGGUGUGGAUAAUAUACAUACGAAUAUUUAUCGUUGUUUUGCUAACCGAAAAGGCCCGCACGAACCCCAUAGGUCCCACUGCCUAACGGGUCAUGAGUUGUGGGAUGUUUGUUUUUUUUGUAUACAACGUAAAAUAAAAAUAUUGUUUGAUAUUCGCGUAAAGAUUAAAG